UAUUUAUUCUCGGUGUGUGAUCACCAAAUAAAGUAUGUGAUAUUUCUUUCAUUUCUUUUCAAAAAAAAAAUAUUUUUUUGUUUAUUCCUAUUAUUUAAUAUUGAAUCUACUUUUUAUUUAGGUUAGCAAGAAUCAUAAUUAGCUUAUAUUAAUAUAAUACAUGUACAAUAGUUGUUAUUUUUUAAAUAAUUGAUUAAAGUUCACUUUAUUAUUUUUUCAAAAAUAUAUGACAAAUUUGAGCAAUUUUAAAUAAAAUAGCGCUACUUUUUAGUACUAAAAAGUAUUAAAAAAAUUAAACAAAACCUCUGAAUUAUGAUAAUUUAAGAUGGCUAUUCAUUGGGGUAUAGCAGGUGCUGGAAAAAUAUCACAUGAUUUCGUGUCAUCUUUACAAACAUUACCAGAAUCCGAGCAUGUAGUAGUUGCAGUAGCAGCACGUGAAUUAUCAAGAGCACAAAAUUUUUCUAGUUUGCAUAAAAUUAAAAAAGCAUUCGACAGUUAUACAAAAUUAGCAGAGGAUAAUGAUAUUGAUGCUGUAUAUAUCGGAACGUUGCAUCCUCAACACUUUGAAAUUGCCAAAUUAAUGUUAAAUCAUGGAAAACAUGUUUUAUGUGAAAAGCCUUUAACUAUGAAUUUAAAGCAAACAACAGAAUUAAUAAAUUUAGCAAAAGAAAAGAAAUUGUUUUUAAUGGAAGGUAUUUGGAGUAGAUGUUUUCCUAUAUAUGAAAUAGUUAAAAAAGAAAUUGAAUCUGGAAGUAUUGGAGAAAUUUACCAAGUUUUAGUAACUUUUGGAUUUAAAAUGCCUGAUAUUGAACGAUUGAAUAUAAAAAAUCUAGGAGGAGGAACUAUAUUGGAUUUAGGAGUAUAUGGAAUACAAUUUGCUUGUUUAAUAUUUGGUAAUGAAAUACCUCAUACUAUACAAGCUACUGGUUGUUUGAACGAAGAAGGAGUUGACCAAUCUGCAUCUAUUAAUUUCCUUUAUAAAGGAAAUCAUACUGCAACUAUUCUUACUCAUUCCCGAGUUGAUUUGCCCAAUGAGGCUUAUAUUAUUGGUACGAAAGGAAUGAUAAAAGUGCCAAAGUUUUGGUGUCCGACGACCGUAGAAUUACCGAACGAAAUAGUAAAUGUUUCUCUUCCUGAAACUAAAUCCAAGUUUAAUUUCAUUAAUAGUGUUGGAUUGAGUUACGAAGCCAAUGAAGUUCGCAAUUGUAUUCUAAAAGGUAUGAUUGAAAGUCCUAAAGUACCACAUAAUGUCUCGUUAUUAAUUGCACAAUUAGAAGAUGAGAUUCGAAAACAGAUUGGAGUUACAUAUCCUGAAGAUUAAAUUACUAUGAGAAAAUUAUUUGCUUGAUUUAAUAUGCUUGAUAAGAAACAUAUUAAAAAAAA